AUGAAUGCCAAACAGGGAAGCAUAGAAAUAAGCAUUCCUACAAGUACAAAAAGUGACAAGAAAUGUGAAAGUAGAGGUCUGUGUAAAGCUUUGGCACAGAAUAUAUGGGAAAUUUGCAAGGAAGAUAAGGGCAAAGCGAUAUUUGGUGUCAAAGUUGGUGUGGCUGCUCUUCUUGUGUCUUCUCUGGUACUCUUCGAAGCACCUUAUCAAGCGCUUGGCACCAAUACCAUCUGGGCCAUUCUCACUGCCAUCCUGGUCUUUGAGUACACUGUUGGAGAAACCUUUAACCGAGGAUUUAAUAGAGCAUUGGGGAGCUUACUUGCUGGAAUCUUGGCUAUUGCUGUUGCUGAGACGGCCCUGUCUUGUGGUCACGUCGCUCAGCCUAUUAUCAUUGGCUUUAGCAUCUUCAUGAUCGCGGCGGUGACGUCAUUCAUGAAAACUUGGCCAUGGCUUAAGCAAUACGAGUAUGGGUUCAGGGUGAUAUUGUUAGCCUACUGCUUAAUCAUAACCGCUGGCUAUAGAAUGGGAAACCCCAUUAAAACAGCAGUGGAUCGCUUGUAUUCAAUGGUGAUAGGAGGAAUCAUAUCAGUGUUGGUCAAUGUCAUUGUUUUUCCCAUUUGGGCUGGUGAGUUGCUCCAUAAAGAGCUCGUAAUCAACUUCGAUUCUGUUGCAGAUUCACUCAAGGAGUGUGUGAAGAAAUAUUUACAAGACGAUGGGCGUGAGCAUUCUAGAUUCAGAACAACUGUGAUGGAUGAGUUUCGAGACGAACCAGCUUAUACCAGAUGCCAGAACACCUUAAACUCAGGGCCACAACUAGAGACUCUGGCAAAUUCAGCAAAAUGGGAGCCACCUCAUGGGAGAUUCCUGCACUUUUUCUAUCCGUGGUCAGAAUAUCAGAAUGUGGGAGCAGCUUUAAGAUAUUGUGCUUAUGAAGUUAUGGCACUGCAUUGUAUUCUACACUCACAAAUUCAGGCGCCUUACAAUUUGCGGAUGACAUUUGGGUCAGAAAUCCAGGAAGUGUCAGAUCAAGCUGCAGAGCUAGUGAGAGAGCUUGGAAGAGACAUUAACAACAUGAAGUGGAGUAUUAAAAGUUCGCUAAUCAAGAAAGUUCAUAGCUCCACGGAGCGACUCCAACGUUCUUCAGAACUCCAUGCUUAUAUACUCACAUCCACUUUGGAAUCUAAGCACCUCACAGUUUCCAAACUCUCUCAUGCCCAGUCAAUGUCGUCGUCGUCGUCCACCGCUAUCAGCACCGUCGCACUCGCACCGGACCAAACGGCGGAUCUUGACCCUGAAAAGAACUCAAACACGCAGGCCAAGAAUGCUGGUGAUGGAAUUUCGCCGGCGGCACAACAAACAGAGUGUUAUCAUGAGAUGAUGAGGAGGCAAUUCAGGAGGAUAUAUUCGUGGCCGUCUAUAGAGGUGGAUGCCUUCGACGGAGAUUAUGGGACAACCUCGGACUUAUUGCCCAGAAUGAGAGCCCUGGAGAGUACUGCGGCCUUGUCGCUUACCAACUUCACUUCCACGCUGGUUGAGUUUGUGGCGAGGCUUGACCACUUGAUUCAGGCGGUGGACAAGCUUUCCAAGAAAGCCAAGUUCAAGCAUGAAUCCUUGUAA